AUGAAGACGGAAAAUAAAAUUGGAAUUCUAAUUACUGAAGAUCCUGAACAUUGGGGUGAACCUGAAAGUAUUGGAAAGUUCUUUCUCAACAGAUUCCAGGGCAUUGGUGGAAAAAAAUUUAAUUUUGACAUCUUUUACGCUGUCAAAGGACAAUUACCAAGUUUGAAUUCUGUUAACACUUACGGAGGUUUCAUAAUAAGUGGUUCCCAUUUUUCUGUGAAUGACGACAAGGAGUGGAUACGAGAAUUGGAAAAACUUGUUGUUUUUAUUUGUAAUAUACCAGAAGAAAAUAGACCUAAAAUCUUUGGUAUAUGCUUUGGCCAUCAAUUAAUUGCCAAGGCAUUGGGUGGUGUCGUUGGUAAACGUGAUGGCAGGUUUAUAUUUGGUGCAGAGAAUCUUAAAUUGGAUGUUGAAAUACUAUCAGAAGAAUAUUAUAAAAACGUUUUUACAAAGAAAAACUUAAAGAUUAUGCAAUGUCAUGGAGAAGAGGUUAGAGUCAUGCCAGAAUGUGCUCGUUCUGUAGCAUCUUCUAAUUCAUGUGACACAGAAAUGAUAAAAUAUGGUCGGUAUGCGCUAACAACGCAGGGUCAUCCUGAAUUUACAGAGGCUAUAAUGAGAAAGAUUUUCGUACCGCGCUUUGAAAAAUAUGGGAUGAUUAAAACAGAAGAAGAUUACAUUGAACUUGAUAAGUCAUUCUUCAAUGCUGACACAGAUGGCAUGGUUCGUUUCGUCCUAGAGUUUUUACAAUCAAAAUAA